GGCCGCUGGGAGCUGCAGAGCCACAGGUCAAGUGUGCAGCCGAUACGAAGUAACGGACUUGUUGAUACUGCAGGCUGGCCCAUUCAAUGGAUAUGUAAUAUGUUUUUCGAUGCAUGUCUCUCUAGGAUUCUCAUGUGUUAAUGGAUUUGAGGAAGACGGUGUUCAGCAUGGCUUCAGCAGAGUUGUGGACAAACCACCGUGCAACGGACUUUUUCUAGUUAAUCUCAUGAUGACUAAUCCCCCUCAGGAGAUGGACCCGCUGGCGGUCCGGCUUUCUUCUGGUCAACAAUCCAGACCCACAGACCAUAUCUACCUGUCAACACACCAGGCUGUCUCCUCCUCCUCGGAGCUCUGGAACCUGCCAGACCGCUCCCUCCCAUAGAGCCGACGGACGCUCUGCUGAGCAGGACCCCCUGGAGAACCUUGCGGAUAGACGGCCACCACACUUCAGGUCAAAGGUCAAGGUGAAGAGGUCAACUCCUACCACAGUUUUGCGGACAGCCACUGAGGAGACAUUGUGGAUCGCGGGCCCGGAGUUUACAUCGCACGGGGAAGGUUGCGAGUUAAACUCCCGUUAUCGCCCGGAACCCACCGUGGAGGGUCGUCGCCAUAACGACGUCAAGCAUGUCGAAGCCGCCAGCGCCUCCCGUUCCCGGGCCUCCCGUUACCAUGCCUCCGGCUACCAUGCCUCCCGUUACCACGCCUCCCGUUACCACACCUCCCGUUACCACGGCUCCCGUUACCGCGCCUCCCGUUACCGCACCUCCCGUUACCGCACCUCCAGUUCCCGCCCCCAGGACCAAAAGACCCCCCAGAGGGAUCCCGCCUCCUCCAGAUAAUUCAUCCCAUCCAAACCAACCUACAACCCCUCCUCAUCCCACCCUGAAAGCUAAAAGCCGGCACCCUUGGAUGACCAUGGUCCAUCCAGGUCCCUGGACCCAGCUUCCUCCUGCACCGUCUCCAUUCACCCCUCCAUGGGCCAGCUCUCUGCCCGGCCACCACAGAGGAUGGUUCAAGGCCAGGGUCGCCCCGCCCAACCCCUUUGCCGAAGCCCACAAGGUGGCUAACUACAUCGCUGGACGAAAGGCUUCUAAACAGCCAGCCAAUCAAACCAAGCGCUCCGAGCCCACCAGCCAAUCGAGGAAAGCCCCCAGUCCCCCCAAAGAAAAGUCGGAUGUUGCGGGCCAGCCGAGCUCAACGGAUAGGUCGAAUGCGGUUAAUGUAGCCAGUACUAGUAGCAUAGCCUCGCCAUCAGAGAAACCCCCUUGUGAAGAUCCGCCGGCUCUGACUGACAGCUCCCCUGGUCUGGGUGGAAGUAACCAGGAUAGGCCUGGGGAUCUCCAGCAGCAGCAGGUUUACCUGAAGGGCUUGGAGACACUCCCUUGUUAGCUCAGACAGUGCGUUUGGCGAGUGGACUUGGGGUGCAUGUCAUUGCACCGGCCUCGAUGGAUUCCUCAAACGCUCCUGGUUUGGGUAGCUCAACCCAGGAUGGCCCUCUGAGCGGACCGGUAGGAGGAGCUCAUCCACCUGGUUCUCUGACUGUGCCAGAGGCAGGGGCCAUGGGUGGUGGGGCAGGCACAGCAGGCGGGCAUGGGAGGCCAGACUUUGCAGGAACGAUUAACCUCCGUGGCUCAGCUAGUGGGUACACACCACCUGCUCCGGCUAGUUCUGGAGGACUAGGGAGUUUUGCAGACAUAGGUUGCGAGGUUCCUGGGGUACCAGACUUGGGGAAUGCUUUAUGUGGAUUGCCCAUUGAUAGGGGAGCGGAUAUAACAGCCCAAAGAGGUCUACCUGCUCCCAUUGAGGUACCAAUGGGAUUAUCUGGUUUAGCUAUCGAACAGGGGUUGCCUGAGGCGGCGGGACAAGCUACCUUGAUGGCUCUAUCAAGUAGUCCUGGAUUAGCGGGUGGCCCUUUGAGUAGCGGACUACCUGGUGCUAAUCCACUUGGUUCUUCUCAUCUUCCUGCUGUAGGCGGCAGGCUUGGCAAACCAGACUUAACGCAGUCUGACAACUUGGGUGGCUUAUCUAGAGGCGUUGAUGUGGCUAGUUUUGUCGGACAGGGCCGUUCAGCGGACAUUGGAGACAGUCCUGAGGUACCGGGCGUGGGUGAGUGCCCUGCUGUGGGGGGCUUGAUGGAGUCUGCAUGCGCAGGUGUGUUUGUCGCAACCCCUGGACUCUCCUCCAUCCCCAAGAGCUUCUCCGUGCCGGCCAUCUUCUCUGGCCUGAAGAAGGGCAGGACGACUCUGUCCCUGAGCGAGGGACCCGACUCAAGUCCUGCGGUUCCUCGAUCCAACACGAUGCAGGCCUCCCUCUCCAGCCGCCCGCAGGCUCCAGGCUACGGCUUUCCACCAAUCAAGAGGAAGGUACGAACUGAUGCAUGCGUUCCCACUGACGACCUGCAGGGGGAGCUGGGAGAGGUCAGCGCGCGACUGGAGGAGCUGGAGUCGUGCGGCGCGCAGCUGGAGAGCAAGCUGAGAGACUGCAGAAAUAAAAAGGAAGAGGAGGCCAUGCUGACGGACUGGAUGGCUCUGAUCCAGGAGAAACAGACGCUGUUACGCAGAGAGGCGGAGAUCACCCAACUGACAGAGCAGAAGACGCUGGAGGAGAGGCAAGCUGACCUGGAGUACAAGCUUCGAUGUCUGCUCAUCAAACCAGAGAGUGAGUGGAGUGCUGAGGAAGAGGCCCAGGAGCAGAAGAUGAUGGAGGAUCUGGUGGCCGUCAUUGAGCAGCGCAACGCGAUCAUCAGCAGCCUGGAUGAAGACCGCCAGAGGGAAAAAGAAGACGAUUCUGUGCUGGGAGCCAUGAAAGACCAAGAAUUCCAGAAAAGGGGACUCAGUGAGCUGAAGAAAUCCAAAGGAAAGUUCAAGCCCAUGAAAGUGUUUCGGAUGCUAGGCGCCCAAGAAUCCAAGGACAAGAAGAACUGAACUGAAAUAUGUCCAGAACACCUGACUGUGUUCUGCACUUUAAGAGAAUAAUCAUACGUGAUCCAUUCAAUAUUUCCAUCAUCGGGGAUUUCAGUUAUGUGGAGAUACAACACUGCAUUUUUAAGCAGUUUUGUCCUCAUGACCAAAAUAAUAAUGGUCCUCAUCCAAAUCAUACUUAGCGGUAUAGAGAAUGCAAUUUAUUAAAUAAAAUGUAUGCAUUCAAAAUAUGCCCACAGUUUCAGUACUU